AUGGAGGAGAGAGGACAGAACAUUAUCUUGUUGCUGUCUGUCAACAAGAAAAAGAAGACCAACUACUUCAUAGUGUCGUUGGCGUUUGCAGACCUCCUGGUUGCUGUGGUUGUCAUGCCAUUUGCAGCCAUUGAGCUGACCACAGGUCAGUGGAGGUAUGGGGAGAUCUUCUGUCUGGUCAGGACCUCGUUGGACGUGUUUCUGACCACUGCAUCUAUCCUACACCUGUGUUGCAUAGCACUGGACAGGUACUAUGCGAUCUGCUGCCAGCCGCUGGUGUACAGGACUAAGAUGACUCCCGUCAGAGUGGCCCUAAUGCUGGGGGGAUGCUGGGUCAUCGCCUCAUUCAUCUCCUUCCUUCCCAUCAUGCAAAGCUGGCAUGCCAUUGGCAUAGAGGACAUUAUUGAGGAGAGGAAGUUCAGCAGCAGCAGCAACAAGACCAGCUGUGUAUUCGUGGUGAACCGUCCACAUGCUCUCAUCUGCUCCGCCGUGGCCUUCUACGUUCCCCUGGGCCUCAUGGUGCUGGCCUACCAGCGCAUCUACAUCACCGCCAUGGGCCACGCGCGGCAGAUCGGCACGCUGCAGCGGGCAGGCUCCGCCCACUACUCGGCGCCCCCCCAUCACUACCUCAGCUCCGAGCAGCAGGGCUCCAGUCGCAUGCGCAUAGAGACCAAAGCUGCCAAGACCCUGGCUGUCAUCAUGGGCUGCUUCUGUCUCUGCUGGGCCCCGUUCUUCAUCACCAACGUGGUGGACCCCUUCAUCCACUACAGUGUGCCCUGGCAGAUGUGGACCGCCUGGCUGUGGCUUGGCUAUAUUAACUCUGGCCUUAACCCCUUUCUCUACGCCUUCCUGAACAGGGCCUUCAGACGGGCCUUCCUCAUGGUAUUGUGUUGUGGUGGUGAGAGAUACGUACGCCAGGGGAGCUACGGCCCCACCAGACGCUACUCUGGAUCUGUCAACAGGACCUCCAUCGCACUCAGUGCUGUACUCUUCUGCCAGACUCAGAGGCCCAUGUGUGAGGAAGGCACUUAGGCCACUCAGCCCACGCCUAUAUGACCUCAUCAACACUACUGGAUACACAGAGGGGGAAAAACAAAAUGGAUGUGACUAUAUCCUGGAUUGUCAAUUGGCCCAGAAGUAGUAUGUAUGUGGCAUUUGGAAAUGGGAUAGUGUUUGUUUAUUCAUGUUUUUAUGAUUAUGUUUUCCAUUUGAAAUCGGAUGAGGUGCCGGAUGUUGUGAUCUUUUUGUGUCAUCAUUUCUCAAAGGAAGAGAGAGAGAGAGGUAGCUGGUUUUACAUACUUCUCUCCAGGGUGACUUAGCCUUUUGUUAUUGUUCAAUGUUUUGUUUGUGAGUUUUUCACAUAAUGAUUAUGACUUUGUUUCCAUACAAAAUGUUACAAGUCUACCAUCCAUGUGUUUCUAUUUUAUUACAUUUUGGAAAAUAACAUUUCAUUCUUAACUGGUAACUCUGCGGCCGUAUUCACAGUUGUAGUGGUUACUCCUUGGAUACAUUUUUGUGUAAUGUAGUAGGCAGAAAAAUAAAUGGUA